CUAGUUAAUUUCCUUUACAGCCAACACUAUCUAAUAUAACCUUAUAUUGACCUCGAUAUACAUUGUACGCAACGAAGCAACAUAAUAUAUUCCCAUCCAUACCCAACACACACAGCGCUUACACAACCAAACACAACUUCCUGAUUUCAUGUCUGUAACAGCCAGGCACGUUGCUCUCUCCUUUGUACAAUGAGAAGAAAGCAAUUCUCGUGUGCGGUCAACUGGGACGACGAGUUGCCUUCUUCUUUUCUCUCUCCCAUUCACAGAAUUCAGGAAAUGCUCUCUCCCGCCACAUGUGGUGAAACAUCAAACGCAGUUACACGUCACACAUAUUUUAUAUUUCUAUGUUACCACCGCGCAACUAAUCGUUUAUUUCGUCACCAACUCGCGAGGUGUCAUAUUGUGACGAAAUAAUUACUCGUUUCCCGCGUUUUGUCAUUCGAGAAGAAACUGGAAAUGAAAACAAUGGAUUUCCGCUCAAGAUCGUUUGUCACGUUAUAAUAUGGAAACAAACAGCGAUUAUACGUCAUAGAUAGUUGACAAACCGGUUGCUUAAUUUGAACAUGAUAUGAGACAUCACUCUACUGCGUUACUUAACCACUGUACCACACAACGUCACCACUGUACCACACAACGUCACCACUGUACCACACAACGUCACCACUGUACCACACAACGUCACCACUGUACAAACGAGCUAAUAGUUACCAGACUUAACCUAGAUAUCAACGACGCUCCAAUUCGAUGCUGGUGGCAACGGCGCAUCAAGUUACACACCUCGUGCUGUAGCCAACUAUACCUACAUUCACAUAUAGGAACACAUGAUACGCCUUAUGUUUAACAACAACCCGACUAAAUCUACAUACACGAUACACAGGAAUAGAGAACAUGAUCCUGCAUAUGGAACCACCCGCUAACCCACGCACAUACACAUAUAAACCUACGACUUCUCAUAACACCCAGCCAAAUUAUUUAAAAAAAACUACCAGUUUGUACAGGGAAAGUGACGUCACUUCACGUAACAAUCACAAUUGUGAGGUAAAUGCCUGCAGGUUAAAAUAAAUGACAAAUCUAAUUUUUAAAUUCCCGAAUAUUUUAAGUUACAGCGCGAUAAACUUAGAACAGACAUCGCAAAUAUUUGUUCUAGAACCACAACAUUGUUUGUGACGUCACAGUGAAUAAAUAAAGCCCCGCUUUGUAGGUUUUGCGUUCAAUUCAAAGCAUUCGGCAUUUUUUCAUCCGUGGCGUGUACAGCGAUUGUAGCUUUGCUGCUAGUUUCAUUCUCUUCGUUGUUUUGAUUUAUUUGAUCUUCGCUGUCUCAUUUGAAGAGACAAAUAAACGUAAAUGUUAUUUUAAAACAUAUCUAAAACUUUUAAGCUAUGUCACCAAAACACCCCAUACAUAAUGACGUCAUCAAAAUCUAUCCUACACGAUGACGUAUGCGGCACAUUAGAUCAGCCACCCCCCCAGGCGUUUAUAGUUUGAACAACAUUUGUUAGCCGCCAGCAAAUUAAACACGAUAAUGCUGCAACGAAAAACCAAAGUACUUCUCCUGCUUAUGGUAACGUUGGUAGUUUAUGCAGUUUGUGCUUGGAAAGCUGAAGGGAAAGUUGAAAUGGCUAAGCUUAAAUUUAAAGAAGACGACGAGGGGUUCUUAUACGGGGAGUUUCCCCCCUCGUUUCAAUGGAGCGUCGCUACAAGUGCUUACCAAAUAGAAGGUGGCGCCGAUCAGGGGGGUAGAGGGGCGAGUAUAUGGGACCAUUAUUCACGUGUGGGUGGAACAGCAGAUGGGAGUAAUGGAGAUGUGGCAUGUGACAGUUACAACAGGCAUAAGGAAGACGUAGCUUUGGUGAAACAACUUGGGGUGACGAGUUAUCGAUUCUCAAUCUCGUGGUCGAGGGUUUUGCCGACGGGGAGAAUUGGUGGGUUGGCUGUUGUUAUGAAUAAGUGUACAAUGAGUUUGGUGGUUGGCUUAGUGAUGUCAUAA